GGCAGAGAGAGCGGUUGGUGGCUGAAUACUGGGAUUCCUCCUUGCUUGGUUCUCAUCCAUGCACUGCAUCGGAGGCCACGAGGUUGCUCAUGCUGGGGAUCCAGCAAGGGGAAGGAGGUAUCUGUCCACAGAGGGCGUGCAGCCUAGUGGGAGAGACGCCCUGCUGGAGGACUUGGAGUCCACCACCUCCCACAUCUCCAAACGGCCCGUGUUCUUGUCUGAGGAGACCCCCUACUCCUACCCAACUGGAAACCACACAUACCAGGAGAUUGCUGUGCCACCCCCUGUCCCCCCACCCCCGUCCAGCGAGGCCCUCAAUGGCACCAUUCUUGACUCCUUAGACCAGUGGCAGCCCAGCGCCUCCCGAUUCAUCCACCAGCAGCCUCAGUCCCCGACGCCUGCGUACGGCCCCGGUGCCAAAACACCCAGUGCCUCCAUCCCCCAGGACGGCGGCGGCCCUCCAUGUCCCCGAGCCGGUGAAGAAGAGCACGUCUACAGUUUCCCCAACAAGCAAAAGUCAACUGAGCCUUCACCCACCGUGAUGAGCUCCUCCCUGGGCAGCAACCUUUCUGAACUUGACCGCCUGCUGCUGGAGCUGAACGCUGUGCAGCAUAACCCCCCAGGCUUCUCUACAGAUGAGGCCAACUCAAGCCCCCUGCUGCCUGGGGCUCUGAGCUCCCACUAUGGCAUCCCAGAGAAUAACAGCCUACUGGGCGGCAAACCUGGGCCCCUGAUGAAAGAGAAGCCCAAGCGGAACGGGGGCCGGGGCCUGGAGGACGUGCGGCCCAGCGUGGAGAGUCUCCUGGAUGAACUGGAGAGCUCCGUGCCCAGCCCUGUGUGAGUAUUCACAGGGCUCGCCCAGGCAGGG